AUGGUGGUACCAUUUCUGUUCUUAUCUUCUCUUAUUCUGUUCUUCCUUCUUCAUUGCUCUCCAACCCUAGCUCAGUCACCAGCUGCAGCCCCAGCGCCCCCUGGUCCAACUAAUGUCACCAAAAUCCUAGAAAAAGCCGGUCAGAUGAGCUUGUUUAUCCGGCUUUUGAAAGCUACACAAGAGGAUGUCACAUUGAAUGGCCAACUCAACAACACAGACAAUGCUAUAACCAUCUUUGCUCCUGGCGAUAGUGCAUUUUCGAGUCUCAAAUCAGGCACCCUCAACUCCCUAAACGACCAAGAAAAGGCUGAGUUAGUACAGUUCCACAUUAUCCCGCAAUUUCUAUCAAGUUCCCAGUUCCAGACUGUGAGCAAUCCUUUGACCACACAGGCAGGAUCAGGUGGCAGGUUAGAGCUUAAUGUAACCACCACAGGGAACUCAGUGAAUAUAACCACGGGACUAACCAAUGCAAGUGUAUCCGGCACCAUCUACACCGACAACCAGCUAGCUGUUUAUCAGGUUGACAAGGUGCUUCUUCCUCUUGAUAUUUUUACACCUAAACCUCCUAGUCCAGCACCAGCACCUGCAAAGCCAAAGAAGACGUCAAAAGCUGCAGACAGUCCAGAUGCUCCUGGCGAUGCUUCUGGGGCAGUAAGCUUUACUGUUCUUAAUAAUGUUGUGUUCUUCGGAAUUGCCCUGGUUGCAGUAAUGUUUUCUUCGUGA